CUUGUUACCACACAAAAGCGCUUUUAGUCCAUCUGUGCAAAAUCUGUUAAGUUGCAUAGUGUCAAAGAGAUGGAGAAAUGCAGUUCUCCGUGUUGCUGGAUAGCACAGCUGGUGAGACUGUAAGAGAAGUGGGCUUCAGCUGUACGACAGAGCUCCUUUUCCUUGGGCACCUUAAGAAACAGAAGAGGGAGAGGCUACGGAAGUUGUUACUCUCUUGUUGUUUCUUCUUCCUUCUCCUUCCCAAGAGAAUUAACUUGAUCUGAACUACUCUGUUUCAGAGAGCAACUGGUAACAUGGAUUGCACCUCGGAAGGGGACAGCUGAACUCUCCCUCUGGCUUUAGUAAGGAAAGAGCAGCGAUGAAAUCCGUGGACUGUGUGCACGUCAUCCAACAGAAGGAUACCGCCUCCUCUCCCUCUGCCCCCCCUGGUGCUGCUUCAGGCACCGCGGGACUUUUUUCUGUCACAUUCCUGUGGCUUGCAAUGCUCCUGUCCUCUUGUCUUGCAGCAGUGUCUCUUUACCAUGUUAUCAUCCUGAAAACAGAACUAGAAGCUCUGCGCAGCGAGCUGAUCUACAGCGUCCAGGCAAGGUCUCCGCUAGACCGGCCACUCGUGUCCCCUGAUGAAAAUAAAGCAGGUACCCCUGUUUCUUCCUUCCUGAAAGUGUCUGCAGCUGGCUCCAGGCAGGAGAGCAGGCUUGCUGGUGCUGGCCCAGCUGAGAGCUUCCAAAAGGAAAUCUGGAACGGGAGUAGAAACAGGGGCAGGCGGUCUGUUGCUGACACAGAAGAAAAAGUGUUGCAGGCCUGCUUACAACUGAUUGCUGACAGCAAAAGUGAUAUCCAACAGAAAGAUGAUUCAAGCAUUGUCCCUUGGCUCCUGAGCUUUAAACGUGGAACAGCUCUGGAAGAACAAGGAAACAAAAUAGUUAUCAAAGAAACAGGUUAUUUUUUCAUAUAUGGCCAGGUUUUAUAUACGGAUACAACAUUUGCUAUGGGACACCUAAUACAGAGGAAGAAGGCUCAUGUGUUUGGUGAUGAUCUCAGCUUGGUGACAUUGUUCCGCUGCAUCCAAAAUAUGCCACAGUCUUAUCCAAAUAAUUCUUGCUAUACUGCUGGCAUUGCAAAAUUAGAAGAAGGGGAUGAACUUCAACUUACAAUACCACGGAGAAGGGCUAAAAUAUCCUUGGAUGGAGAUGGUACUUUUUUUGGUGCAGUAAGACUCCUCUGAAACCCUUCAUUUCUGUUAUUAUACAUAAUGCCAUUUUCUUCUCUACCUAUGCCUUUGUCAGAAAAAAUACUGAAUUGUAAUAAAGCUGCCAAUUCACCCUCUCCCAAUUCACCACAGGCUUCUAAGAAUUUUCUUCACUUUAAUAUGAAAACCCAAAACAGGAAACAUACCAGACAUGCUUUUGAUAUAACCACAAUGUGAUUACCAGAAAGCCAGUUUAUUUUAGACAAUGGGAGACUCUAGAAAACAACUUGAAAGCAGUGAGGUUUUGGCUUUGAAACAAUUUGUUGUCCAUAUGAUAAAUCAAAGAAGGAGUUGACCAAAAAUAACAGCAUGACCAGAACCACAGGCUGUCAAAUUGUUAUCAAUUGAAAAGGAAAUCUAUAAGUCUAUCUUAUAUUUGCAUUAUUUCAUCAAUAAAGUAUUUAAUAUAUAAAGUGUGGGGAAAAAACAUCUAAGAGUAGAUCCCCCACCACAAAAUGAAAUUGUUAGGUAGGUUCUGAGUUUUGGAUUUUUUUUCUUUCCGCAAAGAUACUGAGGAAAAAAUCUAAAUGUCUGGGAUAAUGAAAACAAAUAUAGAGAAUAGUAGCCACUGUUUUGCUUCUUCCCUGUGAACAAAACGUGACUAAAUCGCUAAAAUCUGUUAGCAUUUACUAAGUAAAAUGAAUUUUACUGGAAAGAGGACAUGUAAAAUUUCACUUCAACAGCUCAAUUUUCAAAGCAUUGCUACUUAUCAAGGAGUAUGUGUACACUUCUAUGUAAACAAGGUUGGCACAGGAAGAAACACAGUGAAAUUGGACACAAUACCAUGGUUGGAGUUGGAUUUCUGGAGCCAUAAUUUCUGCAGUCAUAUACAGAUGUGUGUAUAUAUAUACAGUAUAUAGACAUAUCUGUAUAUAUUUGAAAGUAUGUAUGCACACAUAGGUCUUGGGCAUUUGGGGAUGUAAUUUUGUCUUCUUUUAGCAGUUUAUCCAAUGGAAAUACUACUUCAUACAUAUUUUUUGUAUUUCCCUUGCUUCUUGCUAUGAUCCAUUCUAAGCAAUAUAGCAAAAAGAAAAAUCCAAUAGAUCUGGAACCAGCCAUGCAACUAAAAAAAUACACUUGUAUCUCAGAGGCUUUUUCUGCAGUUUUGAAUAUAGUGCUUAACUCUGUUUUACAAAAAAUAUUCAGAUCUGUAGAAAGAAUAAACAGAUGUCCUUUUUCCUUCUCUUUUGUCUGGCUGCUUUGUUCAGUAGAUAGUGUUUAUGCCUUUUUUAUCCCAAAUAUUGUAUGGUCACAGGAAUUAAUGUACUUUUCCCCCUGAUCUUAAAGAAGCAUUUGAGUGCUAUUGAAAUAGACAAAAAAUAAAACCCCAAGUAAUGAAUUGUACUUCAUUUGAAAAUAUUUUUAGGAUCUGAGAAUUGUAUUAUAUAAGCUCACUUAGUAAAGAAAAGAUGAACUGUAUAUUGCAGUUUGUUUGUCUGUUUUUAUGAACUGUGGUUUGAUUGAUUUCUCAUGGUAAUAGGUAAUAAAUAAAAGAGGUUUGGAUCUCAGAAUUAUAAAGCAUGGUAAACUAAUGAAACAAUUAUUUCAUCUUCUCUGGGCUUCAGAAGACAUUUCAGCAAUAAGCAUAUGUCUAUUAGAUUUUUACACUGCGAUUUUUAUAAGGCUUAACUACAGUUUCAAAAAUAUCAGCAAGUCCUCCUUUGUUAAAAAAAU